AUGUUAAAACGCAAAUUGAACCAGCAAAAAGAUAACCUGAAGGAGGACGAGCCCAAGAAGUCAUAUCCUCAUGAAGGAAGUACAUCCGAUUUCUUUGUCCAGCCCCUGUGGUUGAAAUUCUAUAAAAUCGAAGAAAAUUUAAACGAGGAGCUAGACAAUUUGAUCCCUCCUCCAAACAUUACGUGCAUCUACAGCUUAUUUGGGCCCACCCUGUAUAACCCGAUAGUGUAUGCGUCACAGCUGCAUUGUGAUUAUUUGCGUCGUUAUAUGGAUGGUCCCAAAAAGCUGGUGUUUAUUGGGAUGAAUCCGGGACCCAAUGGAAUGGCUCAAACCGGCAUACCCUUUGGAAAUGUGCGGACUGUUAAGGUUCUAAUGCAACUAUCAGGAUCCGUGGAUAAACCCCCUGUCGAGCAUCCCAAACGUCCUGUAAAUGGUUUGGAUUGCAGGAUCGAGGAACCCAGUGGGGUUCGUCUUUGGGAACUGUUUUUGCGAUUAGCAGGAAACAUGGAGAUCUUCUCCCAGCAAUGCUUUGUUCACAAUUUCUGUCCUCUUUCAUUUUUCGAUGAUGCGGGCAAGAACUUAACACCCAGUGAACUGAAAGGUCCAUACAAAAAGCAGCUGCGAGAUUAUUGUUUUGAAGCCUUAGAGAAGCAAUUGGUUCUACUAAAGCCCCAAGUGGUUGUGGCUGUUGGAGAAUACGUUAUGACCGCACUAAAACAUUCAGCUUACUGCAAAUCUGAGUCCGUCUCUGUGCUUCGUUUGCCACAUCCAAGUCCUCGAUCUGCAAACAAUAACAAUUGGCCGGAAAAGGCUCAGACUUUUUUAGAGGAUAACAACCUUAUCCACUUUAUGCGGAAUGAAGCUUAA